AUGUCGUCGUUCAGAGAUGCCCUCAGCGGGCUAAAGACAUCGUCAAACCACGUAUUGCCGACCAGCUCGGGCGAAGGAAGCAGCAGCGGUGGCGGGUUCCUGGGCAAUCUGCGGGACGGAGCCAGCAACCUAGUGUCCAGCGCCAGCGACGGAAUAUCAAACAUGUCGCUGCUUGGAGGCAGCAAUAGCCAGGACACAGUCAGUACGGGCAACCGCGGCGAGUGGUUCGGGCUGACGCUGAUGCAGCGGUGGAUUGGAUUCGGCGGGUGCGCAGUGCUUGCGCUGUUCUGCUACGUGAUGGCGUUCAUGGCAUUGCCGUGGAUGAUCAUCUCGCCGCAAAAGUUUGCGACUGCGUUUUCGCUGGGCUCGCUGUCGACGAUCUCGGGCAUUGCGCUGCUGCGCGGCCCGCGGGCACACACGGCGCACAUGCUGUCGCGCGAGCGGCUGCUGUUCACCGUGUCGUACUUUGGUUCGGUGUUCUUCACGCUGUUCUUCUCGGUGGUCGUCCACUCGUACCUGGGAACGCUGCUGUUUGUAGUGGUGCAGGUGGUUGCGCUGGUGUGGUAUGUGGUGUCGUAUUUCCCAGGCGGCUCGGCGGGCCUGCAGUCCACCACAAGCAACCUCGUCAGCGGUGCAAGGACCCUGCUGCCAUUCUAA